UUAACAGUUUGUAAUCCUGAAACAAGUGCUGUGGAUAUUGAAACCAGGACCUUGAUAAGUGUAUAGUUGAAAGCUGCAGCGUCCACCACUAGAUUUUCUUCCUAAACCUUUUUUGAUCCAGUGUUAAAAACAAACAAUAAAACUAAAUGUUGUGUCCUCAAACUCAUAUAACCUUAGGAGUGGAAUAUGAAAACCUUUGAUGUUAUGGCUCAUAACCACCCUGUUAUGGCUCAUAACCACCCUUUUUCUGUGGAAUCUUUAAUCCCACUGUUCUGUGGAAACAUAAUGUUAUCAUAAUGUGAAAUCUCAGGAAUGCAGAAAACUGUUUGCUUACCCAACAAGAAAGUCUUUGGACUUUAUCCAAAUAUGAUUCCAAUGUCUAAAAAACUACAAGCCCAUGAAAAUAAUUGGGUUUUUUAUUUUGCUCACAACUUUCUUUGACUUUCUUUAUUUUUUGUUUCAAUACCAUGGGUCACUGCGUUUUAAGUCUCAUGGUGUAACCUGUUACGUUUGUUGUGAGUCUUUGAAUGGAUUCCUUGCGUUGCCGACUCAGUUGACUGACAUUGAUUACAGAUUUUGACACCACAGGAAUGAGGUGUGUUAAGCAAGAUUUUAAAAGUGAGCCAGUAGGGCACUGCUUCUGCUGCAGUAAUUAACAAAGACAAGAGACAUUUUGAGAAAAGUGUUCACAUAAUAUGGGUUUUAAUUUUACUCCUUUUGUUCCUGUAGCUUACAUGCAGUUAUGAGAUAUUCAUGAAUCAAAAGUAGCUAAAUUAUUAGGUUAUUGAAGCAGGCAAAUAAAAAAACAAACACAUUCUGUUGUGUCUUCAAACUCUUAAAACCUUUUCUAAAGUGUGAUAUAUUUUAUGUGGAAAACUGUUUACUUCCUCAAUCAGCAAGUCUUUGGACUUUAUCCAAAUGUGAUCCCAAUGUCAACAAAACCACUAGCCCAUGAACAUAUUUGGGUUGGUUUUCUUCUUCACAACUUCCUUUUUCCGUUUUUUUUAAGUUUUAUUUUUUUGGGCUAAAUCAUCGGGUUAAUGAAGCAGGACACAACAAAUGUGUAAAGGGUUGAUUAAUGACUGUAGUUGUGUAUUUGUCUUUUCAAUCUUGUUAAUCAUCUCUUUCUGAAGUUUAUCUGACCUUUCAUGUGCCGGAACUCAUUUUAGCACAUUGACUCGUUAUGGAGAACUUGGAAUAAACUAUUCAAAAGCUCCGAAACCAACAACAGGCAAGCGUGCGACUCUUACGAAACUGCAGAACCAACUAGAGCUUCAUCACAAACCUCUCAGCCAAUGACAACUGCAGCACAGUCCACAGAUCUAAUCACGUCUGGAGAGCAUCGCUCUGAGCCAAUCAGUGUCAACCUGUGAUAGAUCACACCUUGAGGUAACGAGAGCUCAGAUGUUCGGAGGUCCACCACUGUUUGGAGUUUCAACUGUUUUGGGUGGAAAGGAAGAUUAGGCAUUAGAAAGCAGUACAUGAAAAACAUGAGUGGACAAAAGAUCAAGUAAUAAAUGGAGAGCAAGAGAAAGCUGAAGCAAGGACAAAACAAAAAGGUGCGAGAAGAGUAAACUGCAGAAAGAGUAAAAGAAGUUGGUUCUGACAAAAAGUGGAGCAUAUAGUGGAAAGGAUAUAAAGACUGAGAUAAAAAGUUCCACCAGAGAAGAUGAAGCUGGGCGAAAAGAAUGUGGCUUCGCUGACCCUCACAGACAACAUUGAGAUGGAGCUGUUUUCUUCAGGGGAGCCCUGCAUGGGGACAUCAACAAAGGAGACGGAGGAAGAACAGAGCUAUGACCAGAAACACCUGAACAAUCCACUCGUACCCAAAUGUGAGGAGGAACCAGAGCCAGAGGUCCAGAACGCACCCUCAGGGAACCAGGCACAGCCCCAAACGGAGCCCUGCUCUCCUUUCCAAGGAUUCGUGAAGGAUAUUCACAUAGAAAUGGAGGUGUUUUCUCCCCUCCAAGAGUGUGAUCGUGAGCAAAUGGCAAUCAAACCAGGUGAUGCUUCCAUCGUGGCCCUGCCAUUCCCAAACAAAGCCAGUCGUCUUAAGUGGAGAAGACACCCUCCGCGGAAGACAGGACUGGUGGUCAAAGAUGUGGUCUGUCUCCCCAGAGGACACUACCUGGCACAGCUGGAGAGACGCACUGUUCCUCGAGGCAGGGAAAAAGCAGCUCUAGUCGCCAUGGGAAUGACUGCUCGCAUCUCCAUUGAUUAUGAAUGGUCGACCAAUCAGAUGGAGAGUCGGCUGGCAAUGCUCUUCCGAGGGCGUUUUGUAAAACGAGCGGGACAAAGGUUCAGCUUCACGUUUUUGCAGUGUGUCAUGGGCUCUGGGUUGCUAUUCGUCCCAGACACUCCUGCAGAGGGCUGGACUGGUGAGCAGGUACUCAGGAUCUCUGGACAUGGUGCUUUGUACAUCCUCAGCCAACAGGACUACCCACAGGCAGAAUCCGAGAUGAAAGCAAGCAAGGCCGCUGUGGUGAACCGGAAGGAGUUUUGUCUGGGGAACAAAAGUUGCUCGGAAAAAUACCAACAACUGGGAGGACCGACCCAACCAGAGGAGUUCACACGUGACCUCGACUGCAUCCUGAGACUGUUCAGACAGAAGAACAGGGGUCGGGACGGAGAAUUUCACAUCCAGGUGAGGAGCAAAGCCCUCCUCCAAAGUGCUCUAGAGGUGGUGAGGAGGCCGGACUUCUCGUUCAGGACGCCACCCAUCAUCUCCUUCAGCGGAGAGGAGAAUGACGGCCAUGACGGAUCCCUCAGAGACUUCUUUAGAUUGACUUUGCUGGAGCUGCAGCAAAGUCUCGUGUUUGAGGGUCAUCCGGGCCGUUUGUUCUUGACCUACGACCUUGAAGCUCUUAAAGAUAAGCGGUAUUACGAAGCAGGCCUAUUGAUUGGCUGGUCUUUGAUUCAUGGCGGGCCUGGACCGCGUUGUCUCCACCCUGCACUGUUCCAGGUCUAUUAUCUGCUGUGUGGUCAGAAUCGAUCUUUGGAGGAUUUCAGCUGGAGGGACAUAGUUGAUGCUGAAGUACAGACCAGGCUGCGACAGAUGCAUAGUUGUACUGAUGUCAAGCUGCUUUCCCCCAGUCUGUGUGACUGGGUUUCGAGCUGUGGGAUCCCUGGAGUCUAUUCAACCCAUUCUGAUGAACUACCAUCCAUCUAUGUCCGCCUGGUCAAACAUUACAUAUACCACAGGGUGGCCAGUAUGAUCUCCCAGUUCACAGAGGGGCUGAGCAGCUGCGGUGGAUUGUGGGAAACGGUACAGUCCAACUGGGAGGAAUUUGUGCCUGUGAUGACGAGCACACAGCAGCCGCCUCUGACCCUGGAAGAGUUCAAACGGCUUUUCGUCAUCUGCUACAGCCUCCCAGACAGCCAGCUGAAGGCGAGCGAGGAGCUAACAGUUGGACACUGGGAAUCGGUCCUCACUUUGGUCAGCGAUGGUAAGGCACAUUUUUCCCUUGAGGACCUCCUUGCCUUCAUCAGUGGAGCUGAUCAUCUGCCUCCUCUCGGUUUCUCCAGAAUGAUCUCACUACGUUUUUACUCGCAGGAUGCCGGAAUGUCGGGCGUGCGGCUUCCUCACGCCUCCACUUGCGCUCUAGAGUUCUUCCUGCCCAGGGGAACAGGGGGGGCUGUUGAUCUAUUGGCGCUGCUAAGCAAAGCCUUGCAUGAAGCCUUGGCUCUACAGAGGGAGAUGAGAGAGGAGCUGCAUAGGAGUGGUGACAAGUUCAUGAAGUUGAUGGAUUGUUAAGUUCCUGCUGAAAGCGACUUUGUCGAUCUCAAAGGUUUCUGUAAAAUACAAACAAUGUGACGGUAAAGAAAACCAAGUGCUGAUCUGUGAAAAGUUGUACUCCAUCAUUGAGGCCGAUGAAGGAAAUUCCAAGGAUGAAUUCUUUAACUCAAAAUUGUCAUCUAUGAUUUUAAUAGUUAAUUUAAUAUACUUAACUGUGAUAAAGAUAGCAUCCAAGUCAUUUUGACAUCUUAUACAAUUUUAUUACCUGUGUAUUUCUGCUGAUAUUUGUAUAUUGAGGAAAUGUUUUAUAAAAUGAAUGGCAAUUAAAAAUGUUCAGAAAAUUUA